ACUUAGAAAUACUAAAACAAUGAAUUGAAAAACCACACUUCACUGGAUACAUGCCUACAGAAUUCGAAAGAGAUCAUUCUCCCUCAAAUAGCUCCAGAAUCAUAAACGGGAAGAAAGAAACUCUGAAAACAUUCAUAAAGGUUUGGAACUCAUAUACAAAAUAUAUUCACAAGCAAUGAAUACAGAAAAGAUGUUUUGUUAGCCCCUUCGUGGGCUCCUUCUUACAGGCAGAGGACAAAAAAUUUAAGUAUAUCCCAAAUAAAGACUUUAUUGGAGCUGGCAAACUUAAGUAUGAAGUUAAUGGAAAGAAGGAAUUUGAAGGAAACCUUCCGAUCGAUUAUUCUCCUGAAGACAUGCCAAUUAUUCCAAUGAGUGCAAGCUCUAUCAGCCAAGUUUGAGGAAUCGUUCGUAGUCAGGUCCUAGAAAUUUUGAAAGAAAUAUUUGCAAAGUUUAUCGAGAUGUCUUCUAAGAAGGAAGACAUCUCUCUGGAUCUCAAAAUAGGAGAACUUUGUGUAACCUCCAAUAGUCAGCUCAUUUUCAAAAAUAAAGAAAAUAAAACCGAUGAGAAGAAUAGAAAAGAGGAUAUUAAACGUAUUAUGAGAGAAGCUGAUGAAGCUUACAUGAGCAUGACCAAAAACCCUGCCAUAAACUAUAACGUAGAUAGAUUAGCUAGCGAUAAAUUAUCCAUGUGCUCUGGAUCAACUUACUACGUAUCCGUCAUGACACCAAGAACAAAAGCAAGGAGUGUUAUUUCCUCAAGACCUGGUGGAUCAAGGAAGAGGACUCAAAAAUGGUCAGUCUUCAAAGGUGAUAGAAAAAGAAACUCUGAUAUGACUCGAACUCAAGGAAAGGAGUUUUCCAACAAUAAAAGCGUUGAUAACCGGAACCUCUCAGUCUGAUCUGCAGAAAAUAGGAAAGCAAAGCAGGUUGUGAACCCAAAGAGAUUAUUCACCAACAACGGUAUAAUCCAUAAAAUGGACGAGAACAUUGCAGACAACGCAUAUGGAACUAUAAAAGAGAAGCAGAAGAUGAACAGAAGUCUUCAGAAUAUAAAGAAGAAGUCAAUGCCUUACCCCUUUCUCGCCUCUUUUAUCAAUAAAAGAAUAGGUGGUCGCCACUUCGGCAAGAGAGUAGAAUUUGAGAAUAAAGAGCAAGCGUACAAGAAUUAUGCUGAACAGUUUAAAUUCCUUAAAGAUAACCAAGACUUGAGAAAGCUCCAGAGAGAAGAAAAGCGAAGAAAGGAAUUUGAAGAAAUGCUUACUCUCAAAGAAGAAGCCAUCAGAGAUGAUAUUGAAAGACAAGUCGACCAUAAAACAAAACAAGAUGAGUUUAAAAGGGAGAUGACUCAAAUGGCAGAACAGAAGAAAGCUAAGGCUAGGCAAGAAAGAGAAUUCAAAGAAAAUGAAACAUUCGAUUACUUUCCUUAUACUCACGGCGAAAGCAUAGAUAAUAUGAAGGAAAAUUACAAAUAAAGUUGUUCUAUCAAAUAUCAAUGACCAAGCUAAAUCUCACAAAAGAGUAUCAACAGCAUCUCAAGCCAGUACGAGGAAAAGGUCUACUCGCAGUAAUAUCGCGUGUAGGACUGGAUACCAUAAUCCCCUCAGUAAUGACUACCUAAUGGCAGAUGAGAAGGAACAAAAGUUUGUCUCUAAAGAAAGACAUCCCGAAGUACUAAAUUCUGCCCUAAAAAGAUUUGAAAACUCAUUACUUCAAAAAGAGAGACAACAGAUGAUUGACAAACAAGAGUUUAAGGACCAGAUCGAGCACAACAGACAAUACGAAAUUAUGAUCCAGGACAAGAUCAAUAAUGAAAAGAAGAUGAACCGAGAUCAUUUGCUCAAACAAAUUAAUGACACAAAAAUAAAGUCCCUUCUUGAGAAGAUGGAGAAAAAGAAAUACAUUAGGACAAACUAUGGGCCUGAGGAGAAUGACCUUUCCCUCAUUAAAAUGUCUCAAAAAUAAAGAGACUGGCAUUAAAGAUUUACAACAUAUUUUGAAGUUACAAGCUAAGAACAAGAAGCAGAUAGAAGAUUUUGAGAAAAACCAGUUUAAGCAAGAGUCCAUAAAUUCUUUGAAAAUUAAUGAGAAAAUACUUAACGACCUUAAAGAAAUUAAGAAAGCAACAAAGGCAGCGAACAUACAAGCAAAUGUUGAGUCUUGGGGGUUACAUUCCUCUCUAAAGCAACGUCAGGAAACAUAAUAUUACAUUCCUUUAACAAUGGUUUAUUUAA